CGGGUAGCGCAAAGCAAGCCACUCAACAGCCUUCGAUCAGCGCCGUGGAGUCAUUCUGCGGCUACGCGUCAGACGGGCUACCGUGAAAUCCUUCGACCGUCCUUGACUACCGUCCCUCAGCUCUUCGCGGGGUCGGGUCAUGGACAUCACAACUAUUUUGAAUAGAAAAGGUUCUGCCGCCAUGGUUGCCGCAGACGGACAAUUUGAUCAUCAGCAUUUGGUACCGAAUCCUGGGCUCGACACGUCAUCGCCUAAAAUGAAGUCGGAACCUGGUGUCUCCGACGCUGGUGAUCAAGCUGUCCUUGCAUACCCCCCUCAUGGUCCGCUCGGCCAGGUGCCGAACAUGGCCCAUGAUAUGCGCUAUGCGCACCAGGCACACCCGGGGCCGGGGCUGCCCCUAUUGCAGAAUCCUUUUGUUCCUGGAGCCUAUGCCGGUGGUGCUCAAAUACCGAACGCCGGUGCUCCUCAAGGGAGGCCGGAUCCUCCUCCCAAAACUUUCCACUGCGGUACUUGCGGUAAAGGAUUCGCCCGCCGCAGUGACCUUGCAAGGCACGAACGUAUUCACUCCGGUAUCAGGCCUCAUGCUUGUGACUGGCCCGGCUGUGGCAAACAAUUCAUCCAACGUUCAGCUCUGACAGUACACUCCCGAGUCCACACUGGAGAGAAGCCUCAUAUGUGUGAGAGAUGUGGCAAGCCUUUCAGUGAUUCGUCCUCUUUGGCGCGACACCGCAGAAUCCACUCUGGGAAGCGUCCCUACAAGUGCCCCUACGCGAACUGCCAGAAGACAUUCACUCGCCGCACUACCUUGACACGCCACCAGAACCACCACACGGGCACAAUCGAGGAAGCUGCUGCUGAAACCGAGGCCAAUCUGAGGCAGAACAAGGAGAGAGCGAGAAUGCCUGGUGACAUGUUCUCCGACCACGGCUCUGUCCAUUCCACUCCCUCUCCGGCACACCACCCUAUUUCCCCAGCUGGCGACCUUCCCCCUUUGAAUAUGCCUCGCUCCGACUACUACAUGCCGAACGGAUCGAUUCCGCCCCAUGUUCGCGGCGGUUUCACGCAGGCCAGUCCCCGGGCUUCCCCGACCGCCACGUCCCCAUCGUUGUCCAGUUAUGGUAGCGCUCCGCACCCCCGUCCCUCGAUGACUUCCCAUCCGUCUGGAUACGGUCCUCCGCAGCCUCUUGAGCCGCCCGCCAACAACGACCACCGGCCCAAUAGCGUUAGCGGAAGCCCGCACAUGACCAGCCUCGGUUGGCCUUCCCCUUCGCAUGCCAGCAUCCCGUCGCCUGGCUCGGCAACCGACUUCUAUCCCGAAACUAGCGGGCCCGCGUAUCCGAGCGCCAUGCCCCCUCACAUGUACUUCCCCAACUCGACCAUUCGGCGGCCUACGAGCACUGAACCGGAUGGCUAUGAUCUGAAGCACAAGAUGGAGAGCGCCUGGUCGACUCCGGUCUAAAUAUGGGUAGUGGACUAAACUCUCCAGCAGACGGCAGGGCCGCUGAUGGAGAGUUGCUAUCCUACUACGCCAUUGAGCAUAACGUCUAGUAUACUCUGAAGAUGCUAGCCGGAUAUAAGUUAUUUCCUUUGUUAAUUUCUGUUUAUUUCCUUUGUUAUAUCGUUCUGUUCCAGCAUUGUUCAUUCCUCGUGUUCUACAUCAUGGCAUACAUCU